AUGGCAGCUUCUGCUGUUAGCCGCAAGAUGCCGAACAUGCUUGGGGUCGAGCGCGAUCUGAAUCUCAAAGAGACUGAGCUGUGCCUUGGUUUGCCUGGUGGGGGCACUGUGCCUGAGCCAGAGACUCCCAGGGCUACUGGAAAGAGAGGCUUCUCUGAGACCAUUGAUCUCAAACUGAACCUUCAGUCCAAGGAAGAUCUGAACGACAAAGUAAAAAAUAAUGCUUCCAAGGAAAAAAACAACCUCCUUACUUGCACAAAAUAUCCAGCAAAGCCACCAGCUAAAGCACAAGUUGUGGGUUGGCCACCAGUGCGAUCAUACCGGAAGAACAUAAUGGCGCAGAAGAGCAGCAGCGAGGAGAGCACUGAGAAGGGAAGCGGCUGCAGCGCUGCGUUUGUGAAGGUUUGCAUGGAUGGUGCUCCAUAUCUUCGUAAGGUGGAUUUGAAGAUGUACAAGAGCUACCAAGAGCUGUCUAAUUCCUUGGCCAAGAUGUUCAGUUCCUUCACCAUGGGUUACUGUGGGCCCCAAGGAAUGAUAGAUUUCAUGAAUGAGAGCAAGUUGAUGGAUCUACUAAACAGUUCUGAGUAUGUGCCAACCUAUGAGGAUAAGGAUGGCGAUUGGAUGCUCGUGGGUGACGUUCCGUGGGAGAUGUUUGUUGAUUCGUGCAAGCGCCUGCGAAUAAUGAAAGGAUCAGAAGCAAUUGGACUUGGUCAUCAGGUGUUCGGUUCAAAAUACCAUGGCACCCUCCAAGGGCUAUGGAGAAAUGCAAAAACAGAAGCUGAGCUCGAUCGGUCGGUCUAG